AUCUCUUUCUCCUCAGAAACCAUUUUCCCCAUUAGCUACAUCGACAAAAAAAAAAAAAUACAGACAACAAAAUGGCCUCAAUGUCAAUGGCUAUGCCGAUCGCAGCCAGCCAGAAGAGGGUGCAGCCGCCCGGCGCCGCAGCCUUCUUCAACCCAUUACCGGCGAGGCCCUCAAAGUCCGUCGUCUCAAGAUCAAACAAGCGGCUCCAAAUCUCGGCGUCUUUGAAGGAGAAGGCCAUCACUGGACUCACCGCCGCCGCCUUGACUGCUUCGAUGUUGGUUCCCGAGGCGGCGGAGGCGGCGGUGAGCCCGUCGCUGAAGAAUUUCUUGCUGAGCAUAGUUGCCGGAGGGGUUGUGGUUGCGGUUAUUGUUGGGGCUGUUAUUGGCGUUUCCAACUUUGACCCUGUUAAGAGAAGCUAAGUACUUAUUACAUAUAUAUUUGCUUUAAUAUUAAUAUUAAUGUAAUGUAAUGUGAUGAGAAACUUUGAAUCUCUGACUUCUACUCCGUUUUAUUAUUAUUAUUGUUAUUAAGAAUUUAUUCUUAAUUAUGAGUGUGAAUUCAAAGGAAAA